AUGGAGUACAAGACCAGACAGUGGCACGAGAAGUGCUUCUGCUGCGUGGUCUGCAAGAAUCCGAUCGGUACGAAGAGCUUCAUUCCGCGGGAGCAGGAGAUUUAUUGCGCCGCGUGCUACGAGGACAAGUUCGCCACCCGAUGCGUCAAGUGCAACAAGAUCAUCACCAGCGGCGGCGUGACGUAUAAGAACGAGCCGUGGCACAGGGACUGCUUCACCUGCAGCAACUGCAACAAUUCACUGGCUGGCCAGCGAUUCACGUCUCGCAACGACAAGCCCUACUGCGCCGAGUGCUUCGGAGAACUGUUCGCCAAGAGAUGCACCGCCUGCUCUAAACCGAUCACUGGUACCCUAUCGCUCGAUCCUCUCGCAGAGACACUCGUCUCCCAUCCUCUUAAUAUGCAAUGCGCCAGUUCUGAACGAUCCAAGAAAAGUAUCCAAGAUUGGCAAGGAAAUGUACACUCUGAAAGAGUUGUGACGUUCGUUUCAGGCAUUGGCGGCACCCGCUUCAUCUCCUUCGAGGACAGGCAUUGGCACAACGAUUGUUUCAUCUGCGCGGGUUGCAAGACCUCGCUGGUCGGCCGCGGGUUCAUCACCGACGGCGAGGACAUCAUCUGCCCCGAUUGCGCCAAGAUGAAGGUGAUGUAA